AUGCCACGGAAAGGAGAAGUUGGCAACUUCAGAAGCAGAAAAACCGAGAGUAAAUAUAUAACAAUAUGUGAUUUUACCAAUCCAUGGAAUUUUUUCCAAUUAUUUAUUGUGGGAACACAACUUGGUAUAUUAGAAUGGCUUCAAUACAAUGGUUUGAUUGGCGAUGAUUUGCCCUGUUGGAGAGAAUCAUGUGGUGGUUCACUGAAACUACGAAAGAAGAGUUGCAUAGAUGGUUAUGCAUUCCGUUGUAGAAAAGACAAGAACCAUGAGUUUUCCCUGAGGAAGGGAACGAUAUUUGAUAAAUCUCACUAUCUGGUAGCGGAUAUUAUGGUCUUCAUAAAGGUAAAUAUAUUUUUAUGUACAAUUACACAAAAGCAUUGCUAA